GCUGGGUGCGUGUGCGUGUGUGAGCGGCCGACCGGCGCGCGCUCUGGUCCGCCGCUUGUCCCGUAGCUGUCCGUCCCCUCAUCGUCGCCGCGAGCUCCGAACACUUUUUGAAAAUGGCAGAAGCCCAUCAAGCAGUAGCGUUUCAAUUUACAGUAACUCCAGAUGGGAUUGACCUGCGAAUGAGCCAUGAGGCUCUCAGACAGAUCUAUCUUUCUGGUCUCCAUUCCUGGAAAAAGAAGUUCAUCAGAUUCAAGAAUGGAAUUAUCACAGGCGUGUAUCCUGCUAGCCCGUCCAGUUGGCUUAUUGUAGUAGUGGGGGUGAUGUCAACAAUGUAUGCCAGAAUUGAUCCUUCUUUAGGAAUAAUAGCUAAAAUCAACCGGACCCUUGAUACAACUGGUUAUAUGUCCAACCAAACGCAGAACAUUGUGAGUGGGAUGCUUUUUGGCACAGGGCUGUGGGUAGCCCUUAUUAUGACAAUGCGAUACUCACUGAAGAUGCUGCUUUCCUAUCAUGGAUGGAUGUUUGCUGAACAUGGCAAACUUUCCCCAGCAACCAAGAUUUGGAUGAGGCUGGUAAAGCUUUUCUCAGGUUGUAAACCAAUGUUGUACAGCUUUCAGACAUCUCUGCCACGACUGCCGGUCCCAGCUGUUGAAAACACUGUUAACAGGUAUCUGGAUUCAGUUCAGCCACUUAUGAAUGAUGAACAGUUCAAAAGAAUGGAGGGUCUUGCCAAAGAUUUUGCAUUUAAUCUUGGACCAAAACUACAGUGGUAUUUGAAACUGAAAUCCUGGUGGGCCACAAACUAUGUUAGCGACUGGUGGGAAGAAUAUAUCUACCUAAGAGGACGUGGGCCAAUUAUGGUUAAUAGUAAUUACUAUGCAAUGGACUUUCUGUAUGUUGUUCCCACUUCCCUGCAGGCAGCUAGAGCAGGUAAUGUUAUCCAUGCCACCCUGCUCUACAGGAAAAAACUGGACAGACAGGAAAUCAAGCCAAUUCUUCUGAUGGGAUCCACUGUUCCACUCUGCUCAGCUCAGUGGGAGCGAAUGUUUAAUACCUCCCGUAUCCCAGGAGAGGAGACAGACACUAUCCAGCACAUGAAGGACAGCAGACACAUUGUCGUGUAUCAUAAGGGCCGUUAUUUCAAAGUCUGGCUAUAUCAUGAUGGUAGACUGUUGAAGCCUCGGGAAAUUGAACAGCAGAUGCAAAGAAUUUUAGAUGACAGUUCAGAACCUCAGGCUGGAGAAGAGAAGUUAGCAGCUCUUACUGCAGGAGAUAGAGUACCCUGGGCUAAGGCUCGUCAGGCCUAUUUUGGACGUGGAAAGAACAAGCAGUCUUUGGAUGCUGUGGAAAAAGCAGCUUUCUUUGUGACUUUGGAUGAAACUGAGCAGGGCUACAGGGAAGAGGAUCCAGUGACUUCAAUGGAUACAUAUGCAAAGUCUCUUCUGCAUGGCAGUUGUUACGACAGGUGGUUUGACAAAACAUUCACUCUUGUAGUGUUCAAGAAUGGCAAAAUGGGCCUGAAUACAGAGCAUUCUUGGGCAGAUGCUCCUAUUGUUGGACACCUUUGGGAGAAUGUUAUGUCUUCUGAUUGCCUUCAACUGGGCUAUACAGAGGAUGGUCAUUGCAAAGGAGGCAUCAAUCAAAAUAUUCCUUUCCCCACCAGACUACAGUGGGAAAUCCCUGAAGAAUGCCAAGAAGUGAUUGAGAGGUCCCUGUGCACUGCGAAAUCUCUAGCAGAUGAUGUGGACUUCUGUUCUUUUCCCUUUGAUGCUUUUGGGAAAGGGUUAAUCAAGAAAGCCAAAAUAAGCCCCGAUGCCUUUGUGCAACUUUCCCUUCAGCUUGCUCACUAUCGGGACAUGGGAAAAUUUUGUUUAACAUAUGAAGCCUCUAUGACCCGCCUGUUUAGAGAAGGCAGGACAGAAACAGUGCGCUCAUGUACUACUGAAUCGUGCAAUUACGUUCGAGCCAUGGAAGAUCCAACCCAAAAUAAUGAAAAGAGGUGUAAACUACUCAGGAUUGCUGCUGAUAAACACCAGCACUUGUAUCGCCUUGCCAUGACUGGUGCAGGCAUUGACCGCCAUCUGUUCUGCCUUUAUGUGGUGUCCAAAUACCUUGGUGUUGAGUCUCCUUUCCUUAAGGAAGUUUUGUCAGAGCCUUGGAGGUUGUCAACAAGUCAGACACCACAGCAGCACAUUGAUCUGGAGAAGAACCCUGAGUUUGUAUCCAGUGGCGGAGGCUUUGGACCUGUUGCUGAUGAUGGUUAUGGUGUGUCUUAUAUUCUUGUGGGUGAACACCUCAUCCAUUUCCAUGUGUCCAGCAAAUUCUCUUGUCCUGAGACAGAUUCUCAUCGUUUUGGAAAAAACAUCAAGCAAGCAAUGGUUGACACCAUAGCUUUAUUUGGCGUUGGUAUGAACUCUACCAAGUGA